GUAGUACGUUUCGAGGAAUGGGCAAAGUAGUUUGAAAAUACUUAAGAAAUUACGUAACCCAUUCAAAACAAACUUAUUUAUUAAAAAUUUGUUCGCUUCACCAAAUUACCGCUUAAUAGAAAAAUGUGCAUAUUUGAAUACACGUGACUUAUAAAGAAUUACCCUUUUUUUCAUAAAAAAAUACUUAAAGGACACAUUAUUGUGAAAAAUGUAUGCUGAAAUAUUAGCCGUAUUAAUUUUAGUGAAUACGACUUACAGUUCAAAAUUACCCUUAGAAGUGUUCCAACAAUAUUCGGCUGAACAUCAUUUGCACCACCACCACCACCACAGUUCGGAAGAUUAUAAGAAAAAAAUGGCAGAAUUAAACAAUUUUAGAACGCUAUAUCAGUUAGGGAAUUCAGAGUCGCACCUACCAGUAUGCAGUGCUUGGGCGAUAUGUAGUCGAAUAGAUUUAUAUGAAACUCCAUGGUUGGAACGUACGUGUAGAUGUCCAAAUGACAAUCAAUGUCCUUCAAGCAUUAUAUCAAAUGAUGGGUAUACACUGUUGGAUCGACACAGGCAGUACAAACUAUGCGAACCCAUUAAGAAAUUACCAAAGUGCAGAUAUUUUCGGGACAUUACGUGGACUUAUAUCUCCAAACCUGACAACUUUACAGAGCAAAUAGUUCACUGCCAUUGUCCGAAGAAUUCAGUCACCUAUUUGAUAAAGCCGCUGGCGCAUCACCUCCCUAAUGGAAGAAUAGAGUACCGAUAUUCCUUCGCGUGUUCUCCUCAAAGUAAACUUCGGUGCCAGAGGAAAGAGCCAUGUCGACUUUUUACAGUGCAUAAACGACCAGAAUUAUUAGAUGAAGUUAACACAAACACCUUAUGCCAAUGCCCUCAUGCACAUAAAUGUCCUCAUCACCACACAGAUUAUGGCGUUAUUGCCGGCAAAUCGUAUACGGAAGAAGCCGUCAGUACAUACAGUGGUUUUUGUUUACCCAUCUAAACCACCCUUCCACUAAUAUUGUUUAAUUUGAUAGACCAUAAUAUUACACUUCAA